UGAGGCAACGAGGAAGACAACUGUAGACAUAGAGUGUUGAUAUUUUAUUUAUUUAUUGGAACAACACGGCUGCGUACAGCUGUUCCUUGGUAAACAAUCAGGAAGGGAUGUGGUGAGGCGCCGCCAUGACGCAGGACGAGCAGGAGGAGAAGAGCCUGGAGGCGCCGCCGCCGCGCCUCUCGCCGCUGGAGCACGGCUGCGACGCGUGGUGGCGCUGGAGCCAGCACCACAAGAGCCCUGAGGUGCGGCUGUACUCGCGGACGGCGCUCUUCCACCCGAACUGGUCGCACGGCACGGCCGCCGUGCGGGGCUCGCACGACAUCCGCGGUGGCGUGCAUUACUGGGAGGUGCAGGUGUCGCAGCGGCUGUUCGGCACGGCCAUCAUGUUCGGCGUGUGCACGGCGUCGGCGCGGUUGCACGCCGACACUUUCGUGAGCUUGGUGGGCGAGGACGAGAACGGAUGGGGGCUGUCGCACAAGGGGCUGGUGUGGCACGCCGGGGUCUGGCGCCGCUACACCGAGCCCUUCCGCGAGAACAAGGCCACCACCAUCGGCGUGCUCUACGACGGCGAGCGCGGCACCCUCGGCUUCUACAAGGACGAGCGCUGGCUUGGCGUCGCCUUCAGCGGGCUGGGCGACGUCACGGAGUCGCUGUAUCCUGUGGUGUCGUCGACGGCGGCCAAGACAGAGCUCACUCUCGGCACCACCCGCAGGGGCUGGGCCGGUCUACAGGACCGCGCCCGCCAUGCCCUCCUCUCCGCCCUCGCACACCCGCACCUUCUCUACACGCUGCCGCUUCCGCCCGCGCUGCGAACCUACAUCGAGGACGACCUGCCGCCUUCGAGCGCCAAUGGCAAGGACGUCCUCAUCCCCACUACCACGGGGCUCUCCCGCUCCUCCUGACCAAGCUCUAGCGAGUAGACGCCCCUCGCUAACGAUGAUUCCGCACGUCCCCUUCCUACAUUCCACAUGGACUACCUACGCCAGCGCACACAAUCAGCAACGCACAUCUGAAACCGUCAAUCCCCGUCUCCUUAUAUUGCUUGAUAAGUACGGGGCACUGAGCUCCCUCGGUGGGAAUGAACUCACUAUCGAUGUCUACCUAAAUGUCCAGACGAUAGCACGCAGUUAUUCACACACACACACACACACACACACACACACACACACACACACACACACACACACACACACACACACACACACACACACACACACACACACACACACACACACACACACACACACACACACACACACACAUUGUCUCCAUAUACCAUACCAUUUUACUGAAUACUUGUCAUGGGCCUUAUUUUCGGCUGAAAGGACAAAACAGUAACUUUUCUAGCUUAUGGCAACCAGAAUAACGAAAUUUCCUUUUUAAUUUCUUUUGAGCGGGUUCAGGAUUGCCUUUCUCUAUCGCCUAUGUAAAAGGUUAACUCCUUUGCUUGACAAAGGGAGCCUGUCAAAUCUUGCGAUUUUAAGCAUUGAAAGUGAAGUUGCUGGAAAAAUAGAUUUUAGCAACAUCAUUAAUGUUUUCGUUGUUAGGAGAGCACUAAACGGAAUUUUCUAUUAACAGUUUAUGUUACUGAAAUGAACGUAUUAAUAGAAUUAUUAUUGUAAGUGAAUGUUAAUUUGAAAAUAAGGAGAAUUUCUCUCCAACAUCAUCAAGACCCAGGAAGUACAAACGAAAAUAUGUGGGGGGGGGGCAUAGGAAUCAUAUAGGGCCCGCACUCGUGCAUUAUACCAUGAUCCGACCCGGCUCUCGACGCCCCUGCACGGAAGUUCUGCCAGCAACAUAACCUCUUGACAUAUGUUUUCCAAGGAGCUUUAGAUCACUUCUCACAAUCUGGGCCAGAAAACUUACGUACAACAGGGAUCAAAAAAAAAAAAAAAAAAAAAAAAAAAUAAUAUAUAUAUAUAUAUAUAUAUUUUCAUCCAAAUUCAUCUUGCUAUUCAGUGGGAAAAGAUCAGAACAACGAAGUGUGUAAGAAGCCUAAUUUUUAUACGCCUUUUGGUAUGGGCUUAUGAGCAGAAGGAAGUGGUUUGGAUUGAUGAUGAAGACUCUGAUCUAGUAAAACUUCACUGGUGAUAAAGUAAAAAUAUCCUGAACGUUUUGCGCGUUGUCAUGACUUUUUGAGUACUAAAUGAUAUUUAUAAUUAAUUGUGCAUUUGUAAAACUCAAAACGAAGGAAUGAUAUUUAUUUGAACACCAAGACAUGAACUGUUGAGAGUGUGUUUUGAGAAGAAUGGUGAAGCUUUUGAUUAAGAUAACGAUAUGUAAAAAGGGUUAUAUUCCCUAAGUACAGACAUGCCCUUCUCACUGAGUACAUAUGAUAAAUUAAACAAAUUUGAUAAAUAAAUGAAUAAACAAAUAGAUAAGGUGCACAAUCCAGAUAAGAAUAUCAUGCUUCUUUUCUCAAGACUGUCAUUGCCUCUAAAAGUCCAAAUUUUUAAGUAAUGUUUUUUUGUUCCACUCGAAGCAAAUCUGAAUAUACCUAUACAAUGAAGAAUAUGUGAAUCGAGUAUGCUCACAAUAUGCAUAAAAAUACUGUGCAGAACAAAUGUACUGUUUACAUGAACUACCAGUGACAUGCUAGUCAUUAAAUGCAUAUAUAGAACUUAGAAAUAUGUACAUUCUGUAGUGACAAGGCAGUAGCAACAAAGUGGUGGGAACAAGAAACUCUAGCAGCAAAAUAUGAUGGCGACUACAGUGCUAUUACAUCUCUCCAAGGACUUGGAAAAACCACGUCCCAAGCGUUAAUCGUGAUUCUCAUUUGAUCUGCAAUUUUAUUUAUAUUUGCGACUCUUCUUUCACGUCAUUAAGAACUGUAAAUGACGUAUAAGGGGUACGGGCCCAAGAGUUUUUUUUUCUUGCAUUUUCUUAUGCCUAUUGCAGAAAGUGCGAAUUAUUUUUAUUUUCGUUCCUUGUACAUUACUUCUCUCUUUCUUCUUUGUUGUUUUAUACGCAUUUGUUGCCAUAUAUAUAUAUCGUUAUUGAUUUCUGAUUCAUAGGUAAAUAAAUGUGGAAAGUUAAUAUAAUUA